AAUUACCGGGUUGCAUUGGGCCGCUAUCAACAAUCGAAUGGAAACUGUAAAGUAUUUUGUGGAGAACACUGACAUCGAUGUGAAUGUGUUUGGAGGUGAGCUACAAGCAACUCCGCUUCACUGGGCAUGUAGGAAUGGGUUGGUGAACAUGGUGAACUACUUAGUCAACCAUGGGGCUGACCCUACCUUAAGGGAUUCUCAAGCAUACAAUGCGUUGCACUUAUCGGUGCACAGUUCCAAUAUCAUGUUGGUGAUAUACAUACUUUACAAGUGCUGUGGGUCCAACGGCAGCAUCUAUGUUGACGAAACCGACAGCUCGAACAGGACCAGUUUGCACUGGGCCUGUUACCAAGGAGACAUUUUGACGGUUCAAGCAUUGCUCAAGUUUGGUGCUGAUGUAAAUAAAGUUGACGACGGAUUAUUUGUACCCUUACACUGGUCAUUCAUGAAGGCAUACAAGCCGUUGUUGAAGGUU